AUGGGGCUGCGCGAGUCGGUCAACAGCUUCAAGAGUGAGGUGGAGGGGGUGGACGCCAAGCAGUACUUUGACAUGAUGAAGGACAUCGGAGCCUCGUCGCGGACCAACGCCGUCUUCAUGAACCACUCGCCCGGCGCCCUCGAAGAACUCACCCAGUCCGUGCAAAAGGGGUUCAUGGCGGGCCUGCCGGCGGCGCCUGGCUUUGCCCAGCAGCAGCGAUAUUGA